UCCCCCGCAGGACGCGCUCCCGUCUCUCCUCGCUCGCCCCUCCCGGCUCGGGGCUCCCGCGUCUCCGGCGGGUCCCUCUCCGUGUGGCGGCUGUCCGGGCUGUCCGAGCGCCAUGCAGCGAGGCCGGGUGCGGGCGGCGCUGGCGGCGCUGCUGUGCGCGGCGCUGCUCCCGCUGCCCCGCGAAGCCGCCAGAGCUUCCAAGCGCCCCCGGAGCUGCGGGGAGCGCCCCGAGGAGCUGCUGGAGCAGCUGUACGGGCGGCUGGCGGCCGGCAUGCUCAGCGCCUUCCAUCACACCCUCCAGCCCGAGCGCAACCGCAGCUGCCCCGCGGGCACCAGGGGGCGAGGGCCCGUCAACCUGCGCAGCGCCUCGCCCUGGGCGUACAGAAUUUCGUAUGAUCCCACAAGAUAUCCUAAAUACAUUCCUGAAGCGUACUGCCUGUGCAAAGGCUGCCUUACGGGGAUCUUUGGCGAGGAGAAUUUUCACUUCCGCAGCACCCCUGUGUACAUGCCCACUGUCAUCCUCCGUCGCACGUCAUCAUGUGCUGGGGGCCGUUAUGUCUACACAGAAGACUACGUCACUAUCCCAGUGGGCUGCACUUGUGUACCUGAGCAUGAAAAAGAGGCUGAAAGUGUAAAUUCUAGCAUAGAUAAGCAAGAAGUGAAGUUGCUGGUAAGCCAGAACAAGCCGUCAUCAGAAUGAAGAAUAUAUAGAGUCACAUUACAGUAUUGGUUUCCUAUAUUCAUCAUUUCACCACCUCAAGAAACUGCACCACAGUGGCAAACACACUGCCUUACCCUCUUUUUCUACUUACAAUUAUUUCAGUUAUAAGAUGGAAGGUUUGUCUAGUCACUCACAUCAUUAGAGAUGACAUUUCACGUUCAGAACUUCUUUACUUCAAGUAGGUAUUUGUUGCAAAUUCCAAAGUAGCUUUUUCUUUUUACUUAGAGCAGAACAUUUUAUCCUUGCUUAUUCACAGUAAAUUUUAGAUGAUGCAACUGUAAGACAUGCUAGCUAUUAUUAUAGCAAACUACUGGUUGUAGAUGUUUUUAAGGAAUAUCUUAUACUCCACUUUUAAAUACUCUUAUAUAAAAAUCACAUACCUGGCAUUCAUGUGCCAAAUCAGCAGUUAAAAGGAUAAUUUCUUAGCCUGGAAGAGCCUUCCUUUAUACUGUGUAUCUCAACACCAAGCAGUGUUCUUGGCUGUUACAUCUUUGGCUUUUUAUACACUAUAGCAGGGAAACCUUUGCUGAGUUUGAGUAAUUCAUGAAACAAUAUUCUAUGUUUGCUAUUUUUGAACUUGCCAAAUUGCUGAGGGUACAAAAGGGUGGAGAAAACGCAUGCUAGAAUAUUGCAAAACUGCAGCAGACUUUUCUGAUGUGGACUAAGUCUAAUUAUGCAGAAAAUACCAAUUAGAAACACACAGCUUGGUUCCCAAGAAUUCUGCAUUAGAUUUCAUUCGUCAUUAACUGCUUAACUGUUUCUUGUGACAAAACUGUAUUCUGUACAGUUUAAAGGCCAACACUUUUGUCAUGUUAGGAGGGGAGAUUCCCCAUUAAAAAUAAGAAUUAAGGAUAGGCUUCAUCUCAGAUACACUGAAACUGAGUAAACAGCCUAGGUCUUAACCUCUAGAUGACAUAGAAGUGAGUCUGCCAAUCCAAACUUGUUAAAUCCAGCUGAUUUAUAGAAUUAGUGUUACUCAUUUUUCCCUAUGCUACACGUAACAAUCACAAGCAAAUGAUACUACUCUGCCAAGGAGCAGCCUUCCCUUUUUGCAGCUUGCAAGGUCUUGGUGGCAAGCCCUAAGCAGAAACCCUAGGUACACAAACCCCUGCAUUUCCAGAACAAGAGGCUUCAGGCUGACUCAGUCUAAUGAAAGAGAAUCGGGAAUAACCAGGCAUGUCUUGCACAAUCAUAACUUCUCAGAGGGACACAAUCACCAAAGUUGAUAAACCUCUGGGUGCACAGCCUAGAAUAUCUUCUGCAGUUGAAGACUCGUGACUGCAGCGUCAUUACCAAAAAAGAAUAAACACCGUAUGUAUUCGUUACAUCAAGAAUCUCAAAAUUUGUCUUAAUCCAUAGCAGAGAGUGUCCCAAUGCUAUGCUCCUUUGGAGUGUCGUUGCUUGAGGAAUGGAAAGACUAUGAGCUAAGCAGAAAGAAAAGUUAAAUGGGGACUGAAAAUUACAUGACAGCUCCUUGUCUUCAUGCAUAAUUAUUUACUGUGCUGUUUAUGACUCAGUCUACUAUAACAGUAUUUUUAUAGUGCAAUCUGUAUAGCUUCUUAGAAAGCCUAAAACAUCUUUAAGAACUGCAGAAACCAAUAAAAGAUUCCAUCACAAUGUCAGAUUGAAGUUCAUAACUGUGUUUCUUGUGCAGAUGCUGUUCCACAAUUCUACUUGUCUUUAGAUCUGUGUUUCUUCAAAUAGUAAUGCUUCUAUCUCAAGGGGACUCUCAAAGGAGAGUUCAAAGAAGGUCAUGAACUGUUUAUACUGCUCAGAGAACAACUACUUGCCUAACUGCUCCCAGCAAUUAAAUGUAGUUACCUCUUCCCUGGAGAACGUAAAUACUUGCAGCAAUUACAUCUAUCUCCUUCCUCCUAAUAUGGAAGAACUCACUGUCUGAGAAGAGGGGAAUGGUAAUCAAAGACAGAAAGGCUCAAAAGGACAGCCAGCCCACGAAACAGGAGAAACCUUGUGUUAGAUGAUGCUUCAGUAGUGUAUCCUCUCACUAUUUAACUGUGGGGUUUUUCACCACAUGCACACUUUCAGACAGGGUGAAGUUGCACUUUCAGGUUCCACAGUAUAGAAAGCAAAGUCUUCACAGUAAAAGGCAGUUAAAAAAAAAACCCAAACAACAAUAAAAUGUGCCAAACCACACAGCCCUUAACAUUUAGUAAAUACCCAGAAGGACUACCAGCUAAACACUGCCCCACAGCAAAACUCGUCUGUCUACACGCUUUUGUUAUAGGAAUUUGUCUGCAACAAAUUAGUUACUGGAGCACAAGCACUAGUAUUAGUGGAUAGCACAAAUACAAGCUAGGUGGAAAGUGGAUGGAGAGCAGCUUUGAGAAAGACUUGGGUUGGUUCAUGAGGUCAACAAAACCCGGCAGUGUGCGCUUGCAGCCCAAAAAUCCAACCAUAUCUUGGGCUGAUCAAAAAAACUGUGGCCAGCAGGUUGAGGGAGAGGAUUCUUCCCCUCUACUCCACUCCUGUGAGACCUCAUCUGGAGGACUGCAUUCAACUUUGGGGCCCCCAACGUAAGAAAGACAUGGACCUGUUGGAGCGAGUCCAGAGGAGGGCCACAAAGAUGAUCAGAGGGCUGGAGCACCUCUGCUACGAAGACAGGCUGAGACAGUUGGGGUUGUUCAGCCUGGAGAAGAGAAGGCAUCCAGUGAGACCUUAUAGCAGCCUUCAAGUACGUAAAGAGUGCCUACAGGAAAGCUGUGGAGGGACUUUUUCCAAGAGUGUGUAGUGAUACGAUACAGCGGAAUGGCUUUAAUCUGAAAGAGGGUAGAUUUACAUUAGAUGUAAUGAAGGAAUUCUCCACUACGAGGGUGGUGAGGCACUGGCACAGGUUGCCCAGGGAAGUUGUGGCUGCCCCAUCCCUGGAGGUGUUCAAGGCCAGGUAGGAUGGGGCCUUGAGCAACCUGAUCUAGUGGAAAGUGCCUUUGCCCAUGACAAGGGAGCUGGAGCUGGAUGAUCUUUUAAGUCCCUUCCAACUCAAACUAUUCUAUGAUUCUAUAAUGUUGGAAAUUAUGGAGUCAUUUUGAGGUUUCUCAAGUAACUAUAGCAUGUUCUGGGAAUUCCCGAGAGUUGCAGGCUAAGAUCAGGUAAACGGAACAUGAUCGAUUUCGCCAAUCCAGAAAACCAGAUGCUUUAGCUUAUGGAUAGCUAUAUAGGAAUUGGAUGACUGAAAGGAACAUACUAGAGAACUGCAAAACCUCAGUGGAUCAAUUGAUGAUGUUUGUUGGCGACCUUCUUGUCAUACUGCAACAAGUGCAGAAAGCUUCCUAUGGUUAAAAGGAACUUCAUGUUAUCAUACUCAGAAGCCCAUUUUCCUUUUCUAAUCCUCACCUUCUUCUGUGCCAGACUUUCUCGCUGAGCCAGUUUGCUUCCUGCUCCAGCCUUCCACUUAGAUGUCUCUUAAAAGCCAUGUUUAUGUUUCAGCACGAGCAACUGUUUGAUAAUCAUUUGUUAGUGAACAACUGUUUGUUAACACUUAACAUCAAGAACUGUGAGCUACAUAAACAUUUGUUAACCUUCAAAAUAUCCUUCCAUAUAUAAACCCUCUCCACAUUACUUAUGUGGAAAAGGCUGAGUAUUAAAUGCAGCUUGCGUUUGUUUGGAAUUUGUUUUUUUCAAGACAUCAUCACAUCCUGGAUUUAUAUCAGUUUCAUUUUAACUGUGGUGUGACAUUUUCCAGCUUCUAUUCCUCUGGGAACAGCUGCUGCAGCCUUGUCUUUCAUUUGCAUGGGGGGGAGGGAGGGUUCCUUGGAGUUGCUUCAAGGCUCACAAACUGUUGACACAAGGCAGACAUGAAAUGCCUCAUUGAACCAAAUCCAGGCCCAGUAAAUGCAAACAAUUCAACACUGAAACUAUCUGCCAGCUGCAGCUGAUUUGAGAAAAUUUUUGUUGUGCCAGGAAAAACCUUUUCCUUCAAUGAGGUUGUCCCUGGAAUACAUUAGGAGCCACAAAACACAAAACAAUAUCCUUGGUAAAGAGGUUAUUUUCUUUUCCCUAGUAUCACUUAAGAUAGGUUGGAAAAUUCAUAUCAUGCAGGAGGGCUGAGAAAAGCCCGAGGUGCUAGUUUUGGUUUACUAGCCAGUCAUUAGAUGAAGAUGUUUGUCUGAGUAGGAGGAAAUCUAUGGCUGCAAGUAAACGUGAUAUGGCUAGUGGCAAGGGAAAAAGGCUCUGUUGUGCUCAGAAAGUUCAAACACCCAUUAAUCUUGCUAGGAUAAGGGAAUAGCCAUAAAUAUGUGGAGUAGCACACAUGAGGGAGGUCUAGUCAGUCCUACGUUUUGCCAGGUAGUGGUAUGAGCUACCACUUACUUUUGCUGUACUCCAAGCUAAGGAGCCUGCAGA